AUGACUACCCCUACAUUGCAACCUCAAACCUUGUUAGCCCUCCAAUACCUUUUUCAGACAUGGAAACAAGAUAAUGCCGCCCAAAAUUAUGCAUUGUGGAUUACAUUACAAUGUGUAUGGUUAUGUGAUAAUAAUGAUACCACUCAGACUAUUGACCUUACUAAUGUAAUUACUUCCUUUCUUGAGCCAGACUCAAAUAAUUUUCUGAACACUCUAGAAGACACAGAGCAAUUAGAAAUUAAUUUACCAGAAGUAAAUGACACAGAAGAAAUAAACCCGAACUUGGAACUGGAAGAUAUACAAGAAGAAGCGUUAACAGUUCCAAUUACUAAUCAAGAAGAAGUCACUCCUGCUCCAUUACUUGGGAAAUUAACCAAAAUUAUACAAGAUAUUAUUCAACCUUGUGGACCUCUAACUCAGACAUCUAUUCCUCUAUAUACUGGAAUAACGUAUCAAGAGAAAUUGCAGAAAAUUCUCAAACGAAUUAAAACUCGAACUAGAAACAGACAUGACCAGACUAAGCUGCUCGAAGCUUAUUAUUAUCUUGAAAAUAUCUCUCGAACAACCUAUAUUACUUAUGCAAUGAUUACGAGGUUAACUGAUGCCGAACUUUCUCAAGCCCUUCUCCAAGUUAGAACUCACGGA